GUGCUGAAUACUCCUCUAGUUUGUUCAGUAGUUGGAUCCCAUGACUGUAAAUUGAAACCUCUUGUUUGUCACCACCAACUACCAUUCCCCUCAGACUCUUAGUGUCCCUUAGGUUUUCUCAGCCUGUGAAUUGAGAGUGUUUCCACUAUCAAAAAGCUCCCAUUAACACUGAACACUAACACACACACACACACACAGGCCAGCUGGUCAACACAGUGAGACAUUUACCAACCACAGAGCCAGAUAUUUCCCUCAGGAGCUGAAGAGCUGCUGACAGAAGAAUGUAAGAAGAUGUGCAUUCAUCAGGUGGACACAAACACACACUUCAAACCAAUGAAGCUGGUGGUGUGUCUGCUGGAUGUGGGUUAACAACAUGUUCACUACAGCAACUUUAUAUACCAGUGAUGUGUCCACCUUUUCUUUACUACCUCCUGUGUGUGUAUUUUUUCAGGUAUGGGACAUUAUGUUUGUGAUAUUUCUACCUGUGUUGCACUGACAGAACAGGCAACACUGUCCAAACGCCUCAAACACCAACAGGCUCUGUGAUGGUUUGUUAAAGAGAUGCUGAUGAAAAUAUGUGAUUAAUAUCAUUUCUUUUGAUUAAUAGAAUAAAUAGGCCUUAUUGACUGAAGAAAGAAUAAAUAAAUAAAUGAAGAUGAGGCAGCUAUAGUCCAUUCCAUCAGAUUCAAGUCCGUGUCUUCCUUUGCGCAUGUCUCUGUCUCCUCCUUUUAAAGAACAAGGAAGGAAGACGGGGGGGAGAGAAAGGGAGGCGACCGCAGAAAUACAAUGAUCUCUGAAACUGGGAACGACAAUCCGAAGGCCGACUAUCUCCGAUACGAAGCGAGCUGCUGCCCUGACUCCCCCGUCUCAUCCUCUCCGGAACCCGAGCGGCUGAGCAGGAGGCGGGACACCCAGACCACCAGCGGCAGCAUCAUCCCGGAGGAGAGCGGCAGCAUCCAGCCCCUGGUCUCCUCAACCGCGGCCGCCACCGGCAUCAUGACAUCGGGGGAGUUCAUGCAGACCGCCCCCCUGCUGGCGCACAAAUCCAAGAGAAGCCUGUUGUACAAGGCGCUCUGCUUCCUCCUGCUCAUCUUCCAGGGCGGGAUUCUGGACUUCUACCUCAUCAUCUUCACCGACCUGUACUGGUGCUCCUGGAUAGCCACGGACCUGGUGGUGAUCUCGGGCUGGGGGAUUUUCUUCAUGAAGAACGCGCGGAGCAAGAGGGAGCGGGCCUGCGGCUUCCACCAGAAGAGCUCCAUCUUCGGCUGCAACCUCGGGGAGUUCACCUACGCCUACCUGGCCUGGCUCAUCUAUGUCAUCGCCUGCACUCCGAAGGUGGUGCUCAUCCUGGAGACCUCCAUCCUGGACCUGAUCGCGCUGAAGGUUCCGUGCGGAGUGACCGGCUUCAAAAUCAUCGUGCUGCUGUCCGCGCCGCUGCUUUUCUGCCUCAUCAACUCCAUCAUCGAGGACCUGAACGGGGCGACGCGGCACCACUCCCAGAGUUGCUUCAUGAGCACCUGCCUGGACCUGCUGGACAGCUUCACGCUGGUGGAGAUGCUGCUGAGGAACGAGAUCACAAACCUGUACCUGAAGUACACCGUCAUCUCGGUGUAUUUCGUUGCCCUGGCGGUGCCGGUGAUCUGGCUCUACGAGCUGACGGCGUCGGAGCUGCGCUGCCGGUGGCUGUGGGCCCGCUUCUCCACGGGCCUGCUAGUCAACGCGCCUCUGCUGGUGGUCAGGUGUUUCCAGGUGUACAUCGACAAGAUGCCGGUAUCGGUGUUCAUGUUUAAAAACAUGUUCUUCUUGGUGUGUAAGUUCCUGGAGCUGGUGGAGCAGUGUGUGGCGGUGCGGGGGGUCCGGAGGCUGGCCGGCAGCGGCAACCCGGCCCAGUUCUCCCACUGCGUGUCCGAGAACGACAUGUGUCCGCACGGAUACGUCAACACCCUGGCAGUCACCCAGUCCUAGAACCCGGGCUGAGGACCGGGUACGCGAGAGCCGUUUACCUGUGGUGUUGGCGGGAAAGUGGAGAAGGUGCUGCGCGCCUGACACAGCUGGAAAAUGGAAAAACCCAAUUAGGUCCGUGACAGUGGCUGAUUGAAUAAUGCAGACAGGCAACAAACCUACAUGUAAAGUAUUUAGACAACAAUGUGCCAAUUUAGAAACUCUUUCCACCAGUGUAGGAAGAUCACUGACUGUGUACAGUUCUACUGAGAGAGGAAACUAAGUCUAAUCAUCCAAACUGAAGGAGUCACCUAACCCAAAAUGCAAAAAUACCUCUAAUGGUGAGUUGUUUUUUUGCCUCCAGUUCUCCAGUGUUCAGUCAGGGCUGGACCAAGCUGUUAGCAGGCCCCAAGGGCAAAAAGUGAGCUGUGGGCCCCUAAUGACCCCCCCUGUAGUUUGGUCAUAAGUUGGCUAAGUACUAAUUCAUUUAAGGAUAUGCACCAUGCAAGCUCAAUAUCAACUAACUGUUUAACAUUACUAAAACUAGAUGUUGACUCUAGAGGGUCCACGUGGCCCCAGCAAGGCAGUAGAAGUUUGUUCUUUGCACUGCUCAAACAGCUUUCCUGGUAACUCUGGACCAUCCACAGAGCAACCAACCAAUAACCACACUGGAGUUAUGGUCUGAUGCAAAAAAAAUUAAAAAAGAAUCCAUAGAUUCACUGUUAUAGGCUACAAUGCUUCAAAGCAGUUUGAUUGUUCAGUGUUUACAGCAUAUGUUGCUUUAUUUGAAUGACAUCAGUUAAGCGCAUCUCUGAAACACUGGAGCUGAUUAGUCAUCUGAGUUUUCGUCUCAGAAUUCUGAUUUUACACAGCAGGAGAAUGGGUUUUCCAAUUUUUGAUGUCUGGAAUGCAUCAUCUGUACCAGCCUUACAAUGCUCCUUUUCAGAUGAGUCUACAGGUGCUACAGUCAAACCCAACACCUUCAACAGCUUACAACAAAGGGAGAACAAACUGUAGUGCGUUGGACCUUAUUGAGUUGUGUGUGUUCAUCUGGAGAGUUUCACCGCUGCACUUGGAUAGAGCAGAGAGACUGUCUGGACUGAGUGAAGCAUUGAAAUAUAAAGUGCAAUUUGAAGAAUCCUCACCUGGGCUCUGCUCCACCAUCUACAUUAGUGUUUUCUAUUGAUGACAGUGUUGUCUGCUGGUGUGUGCUGGUUAUACAGGCUGUGUCUGGUACUGAGAGUAGAGUAGACUCAUGUGCGUAACUUAAUGCCAUGCAUACAGAUCCAAUAGUGCCAUGACAAACAGGUUUUCUAAAGCUCUUUUAAAUGGACCCUGGCUGACAGGAGCUUCUGCUGGUAUUGCUGGCUCCACUACUGUUCUACUUCUUCUCUCUCUCUUAGAUCAGGAGUCCUAAAAGAUCACUGAGUACUGUUCACUCUGUUUAUCUACUAUUUUCAAAGCAGUAGUUCACUCAGUCACACCCAUUUAUUCAUUCAUCGGCUGACGGUAUUUAAUCUUUGCUCAAUCCAGGCUCUGGAAAAGUUUGUCAUUUUCAACACCUGACAGUCAGCUCUGGGACUACACAUAUUUAUGUUAUUUUCAUAGUACUUUAUGGAAUCCCAUUUCUCUUAAGAAAGUCAGUUGAAAAAUAAUCAUGAUGCCUCUUACUAAGCCAAGUCACUUAUGAGAUAUUAAGUCCAAGUCACAGUCUUGACCCACUAAAAUCAUAAAGGUGUACUAAUCAAUAUUUUCUUUUAACUAUGGAUACAUGACUGUGUUGUUCAUAGUGAGGAACACACAAAGAAUGAUCCCAGCUCAUUGUUUUGAUUCUCCAUUAGUGAUAUUUCCAGCAGCAGCUCUCUUCAGUGACCACUGAGUGGAGUGCAUUGCAUAAUUUAGACCUCUGUUCCUCAAAGCAUUGUGGGUUGGUAGGUGACACAGGAUUGACCAGCAAGGCAAAAAUGGCAGGUGGAUCCAUCGAAAAUCAAAAAUGUUUCAGUUCAGGGCCAAGUUUGAUUGAAAGCUUGAGUAAAGUGAUGCAGUGGUGUUACAGGAAUUUUACCUGCUGUGCUUCCAUGCCCGUAGAGGGAAGCAUCAUUAGCUGGGAUCCCUCUUAUUUAUGUUAAAUAUCUCCAAGAUAAUAGAGGACAGGGACAAAAUGAAAUGCAUCUGAAAAAUCAUCCUCACCAGAAAAAGACCUGACUGGCCGUUAAAACCACCUACACGUUUUUAUGAUUUAUGUUUUCUCUCUCAAGGAGAAGCAGAGGUACAGUUGCCUGACGACUAAAAUAUUCUGUGUGUGACAUUAACACUGGAGACAGCCAGCAUGGUACUUCAUCAGUCCAAAUCUUUAGCACAGAAGAGGCAGAUCAGAAAACAUGAUGUCCGUUUUGUUUUGGUCAUCUGGGUUGUUAAAGAUACUGACAAACAAUGUUGUCCUGCCAAUAGUGUGUCAGAUCAGCGAUGCUCAUUGUAGAAAUUUUGGAAGGCACAGAGUUGGAGGACUUGUUGACAAGUGCUUGGUAAUAGCACACAGCAUCUCGCAAGUUAAGUCUUCCUGACCAAGCUGUUCCUGCCAGGUUUGCCCCCUGUUCUCAGUCUUUAUGGCAAGCUAGGAUUACCAGGUCCCAGAGGUGUGCCUGUACUUCAUUCACAGAGGACACCAACACCAACCUUUUCACUGUACUCUAGGUAAGGCAGUCAAAUAAUCUGUCUAAAAAAGUCCAACAGGUGCUGAAAACCCACCUUUUCCCUGUAUGUAAAGGUUUACUUACAUGUGAGUCAAAAUGGGAGACAAUCUGAAUGCCAGUGCUGCUGUGAACAACACAGGUGAUUGACAGAUACAGAUACACUGACAUCCUCUCAGUGUGUAAACAGAGACUGACUAGAGCUUUGUUUGAACAGUACAUACUCAUAGAAUGGUCACUGUCCUCCAUGAUGAGCCCCUCCAUAAGUGUAUAGAAACAUUGGGUGAUCACAAUGUAUUAGAUAAGUAUAUGUGACUGAAGAUUAUGUAUAGUCAAGGUAUUGUGCAAUAUUGGUCAGGGAGGUUCAAACUGAUUUUAGUGCCUAUUAUUUAUGAGUGAGGGUAUCUGUGCAUUUUUACAGCUUUGUUUGCUUCUCUGUGAACGAUCAGUGUCUACAGGUCAGAGGUUGAUGUGACUUGUGCCUUGUGAGCAGCGUAGGAUGACUGAGGGGUCAGGACCUGAUGAGGAGAAGAAUCCUCGAUAAAGGACCAUACCAGAGUUGUAAAGUUUUACCUCUUUUACUACAGACCACAGAUACUUUACAUUUCUGCUGACCCUACACUACAGUGUAAUGUAGGGAUUUAAAUGUCUGCCUACCCCUUAGACAGCCUCUAGUUUCUCACAUUGAAAUGUACUAUGUCUAAGGAGUAGGAUUAAGGAAGUUUUAAGCCUCUAGUGAUUUUAAUGCUGCAUUGAAAUGAAAUGACUAGUGACUGCUAGGAGGGAAUCAAUCUCAAAAUGUGCAGUUUGCUUAGGGAUUGGCCAGCACUGAUGCAAAGUACAUUGGAUUUGUAGUUGAAAAUGGUGAAACAUGCAAACAUAAUUUAUGUGUUUUACAAUUAUGUGGGUUAGCUUGGUGUCAAAGUCAAUUUUCUGUGUUGGUGAACACAGGGUCCUGUAGCAUCGGCAAGGAUUAAGAGCUCAGUUUAAAUCAAUUUAAAAUGAACUGAAUCUUGGUCAAAUUUAAAGGUACAUUGUUAUGAUGCUAUAGCUACCAAUAGCAUUAUACAUAUUCCAAAAACAUACUGUACAUUUAGGGUUUAGGAAUUGUUAAUUUACCUUUAAGGGUCCUGACACACCAAAUUGACCUAGAAGAACUGGUGCUGUCAGAACACGACAGCUGUAACAUUUCAUGCUGAAUCAGCUGAAUUGCUAUUGAUAAAGGCUGGCUAGAGCCCAACAGCCCAGUGUUAGGGUCUUUAGAUUGGAUUCCAUCGAGGUUUCACUCACAUUUUAAAUUGAGAUUAGAUCUAAAGAGCUUUCAGUCCUAGAUUCAUAUUUACUGUACACCCUAUUGUUGAUGGCUUUGUUGAAAGUUCUUGAAGGAACCUUCAGUUGUUAGGAAGCUCUUGAAUCCUAAUAAGACGAUGAAUGUCUAAUAACAUAAACUCAUUCUGACAUUUUCAGCUAUUGGCUGCUUCUGUACAAGGAUACACAGACGAGUGGGAGAGGUGACUGUUGAUUUGACCCAUGCUAAUGAACAAUCCUAAAUCCUCUGCAUUCUGUUGCAUCUAGUUCAGCUGAACUGUUGUCCCCGUAAACUAUGACCUGCAGCUGUCAGUCAUUAGGUGUCACUGUUGUGCCUCUUAUUGUGUCUGCCUACCUUACCUACCCUACCUUUCAAUUAUAUUCAAACUACUUAUCAUGUUGUGGGUGUACAUCCUCCAGACAGCUGCCUGAAGUCAAACAGGCUGCCUUCUGUGUGUCAGCUAUGGUUGGUGGGAAAAGGGACAAGACUUAAGUUCAGUCAGUUCAGCUGAAGACAGUGUAAUAGAUUGUUAAUAAUAAUUAAUAAUGGGCAUUUUAUUUAGAAAAAUAAAAUAUAUAAUAAUUUGACAAAAUAAUCUCAAGGUCUAUUUUUCUUUUUCUAGAGCUUUCAGCCACAUGUCUCAGGUCAUUUCUGUCUCCGACAUUUGAUGUCUCAAUCAGUUGGUCACUGACUCCCGGUCAGUACUGUUCUCCACAGCUGUCACAUGUGAUGUCACACCAGUCUACAGACUACUAGUUCUUACAUGAAUGAAGUUCAUGUCCAUCAAAAUGGACAUGAUGGAAACAGACUGGAUCUGGUGAUCCAGACCAUGGGAUGUGUUUGAAAUUUUAGCAACACAUCUUGAGAGCAUUUGUGUCAAAGUCAAACCUGGACUUUAACCAGAAUCUUGGAUCAGUGAAUCUCAUCAAAUCAUUAACUGAGUUGUUGUUCAUUCACUCUACAGACAUGAGGGUAUCUGACCUCUCUGUAGAGGAUUACACAUCAUCGAGCCGCUGCUGUACAAACAAUAUAACAUGCUGACUGCUUCUGUGGUCCUCUCAGCUUUGUUUCUCAUGUUGCACUGAUGGCAGAACAGCUUCUGUUUGUUGCUUAUCAUAUCUUGCCAAAGUAUUAAAGUUGUUGUAUUCUAUAUUUUGUAUAACUUCCUUGUGCCAGUAAACUUCUAAACCUUUGCAUAUGCAGCGUAUGCUGUUGGAAAUGUUCUCUAAAGAUCUGUGUUUGGAUUUGCACAGAAACCUCACCACAUAGUUUAAUCAUAAGGAGGAUCAUUAAUUUACUUUAAACUUUAAACGGAAGAAUAGAGGGCCGAUAACUUGCAUGAAUAAGCACAGUGCAUAACCACACUGAAACUAUCAAAGGCUCUCAUGGACAUGAGUAUUCAAAGAAGCCAAUCAUACUACACAGAUUUAAAUGUUUUUGUUUUUUUUUUUCUUAAAUAGACCACAUGCAGAGAAAAACACAAUGUGUACAAUCUGAACACUCUCAUAAUGUAUGGAGUUUCCUUUCAUUUCAAAACUGUUUACAGUGUGUGGUGUAUAUCUGUACUGAUAUAAUCCAAUCUCUGUACUGUAGAUGUAAGAUGUAAGAGUAUUAUGUGGUUGAAACCUGAAAUAAAUCUGAGGAAAGUA